AUGGCUGCAAGAAGCGAGGGCAACGGACCGCUCGACGAGGAGGAGCUUCGCGCCGCCGUCGAGGCCUCUGGCCUUUCGCCGACCCGCUGCUCCGCACUGGCCGCGCCUCUCUUCGCGGAGCUUUCUCUCUCGCCGCACCUGGGAAGCGUGUCCGACGUCUUCCAGGUCCUCGUGGUCAUCGAGGACGGGCUGCUCGGCCGUGCCGAGGCGGUGGACCUGAGUGAGCGCGUUCACCGCCUGCUUUCGGCCAACAGGGAGCGACGUGACGGCUGCGGCCGUCGGCGGCCAGCCGGCGGCACGACUGCCACGCAAGGUACUGCCUGCAGCCCAGCCGUGCAGCCCUCUGCGCUCGAGCGGCUGGCUUGGGCGCGAGAGCACAAGAGCGACGCGGACCGGUUCGAGCGCGACUAUGCGCACCAGCUCACGGCGGGCUCUCGGCUCGUCGGCCUGAGGCUGCAGCAGCGGCCCUUUAGCGCGCUGGGGUUCGCCUCGACAGUGUGGGACAGCUCCGUGGUCCUCUCCAAGGCCAUCGAGCGCUGGGCGGCGCGGGGAAGCGCCGGCCUCGCAGGCCUCCCGAGCAAGGCAGUGGUCGAGCUGGGGGCGGGGUGCGGCCUCGUCGGUCUCACCGCCGCCGCGCUGGGUGCGCACGUCACGCUCACCGACCUGCCCGAGAACGUCCCUCUCCUCGCCGCCAACGUCAGCGCCAACCGCGACGCCGUCGCUCCGCCCGGGAAGCCGCCGCAGACUCUGCAGGCGCGCAGCCUCGACUGGACCGCGCCGCUGCCAACCGACCUCGCAGCUUCCGCUGACUUGAUCGUCGGCACCGACCUCCUCUACCACGGCUGCCCCGUCGAGGACCUCGCCAGCACUCUCGCUUCCCUCGCCAGACCGGACGCGGAGGCUUGGCUCGCCGUCGGCCGCAACCGCGGCGGGCUCGACGCGUUCCUCGCCGCGUCGCUUGGCUGGUCGUCUCGCCUCGCCGACCGCGCCACGGAGCUCGACCCGCUCUACCAGCUCGAAGACGUGGACGCGCCGGCCUUGCGGCGCAGCGCCCUCGCCGACUGA